AUGAUUUUCAUAGAACAAUUUAAUUUCACAUUUCGUGAAUAUCCCCAUGAUUACGAUGACGACGACAAAGAUCCGCUGAUGGAGGCAAUGCAAUUGGGUCAUAUGGAUUUUACAUCGUUUCCGGCAUAUCCCUAUAGAACCAAUGAUGCAAGUGAUGUCUUAUGGAAUGCCAAUAUUUAUAUUAUGGUGCCCAAAUCGCAACCCAUUGCCAAAUAUAAAUACUUCUAUAAACCAUUCGAUGAGUUUGUGUGGCUUCAGUAUUUGGUGGUCAUUGUGGAAGCUACCUCAGUAGUGGCAUUUUUAACUCUCAGGAAAUAUUCAAUUUGGGAUUUUUCGAAAUCGUUUAUAUACAUCUGCAGCAUUGCCCUGUAUCAAUACCAACUGGCAACACCUGUGCGUUCGUUGCGUUUCAAUUUGCUCUAUAUCCUGUUGAUUGUCUACAAUUUCAUUAUGAUCAAUUAUUAUCUUUGCAUGCUCUCCAGUUUGUUGGUCAGCACACUGUAUGAGCCACAAAUUGAUACCAUCGAAGCCCUAGCAUCAACAAGCCUACGUUUCAAAGCCACCCAGACUGAUAUUGAUUAUUAUACACAAUUGCCCGAUAUAUCACCCAUCAUUGUGAGUUUAUUUACCGUAGAGGACGGCAUAGUCCUCGAUAAUUUACGGCGAAAUUUAAGUACAGAUAUGUUACACAGUGCCAUCGAGGAUAAACUGCAGUUCUAUGUAUUUCAGCAGAAAUAUUUGAAGGUGCCCCGUUUACAUUUAAUUCCUUCGGCCAUCUAUAGCUGUCCCAUAUAUUUCUCUAUACGUCACAAUUUACCAUAUUUGGAAUUAUUUAAUCGCUAUUUACGAAAUCUUUGGGCAUCGGGAAUUUUGUGGAAAACGCAUUUGUCCAUGGAAUGGUAUGGCAUUCUAAGUGGUGAAAUUCAUUAUCUGAGAGAUGAGGAAUCGCCUGAGCAUCUCUUGACAUUGGAAUAUUUCUAUUCGCCACUGGGUUUCUAUUGUAUUGGUGUCAUAAUUUCGUUGAUU